AUGACGGACAGUUCCCAUACUUCUCUUGGUUCUGGGAGUGGCAAUUUGAGUCGCCCUGUUGAUAACCAUUUUUCGGGGUACCUUACUGUUGACACCCUAAUCAGCAGUCUUGUUGAUGAUUGGGGAUUGAUUCAGCUCUUCAAAGAUGUAGGUGCAGCAGCAGAUUGCAGUCUCAAGGUAGCAGGAACAGCAGGGGAUCGAGUUCGCAAAACUACUCAAUGGGAAUUAUCUGUUUCUGCAUGUUAUUCUGCCAUCACUACUUUGUGGCAGCAACUGGACUUCUAUCACCCGGUUCCCAUGAUCUGCACCUCUGAUGCAGCCACAUUCGCCAAGGAACAUGAAAUGAAACAAGUUUAUGAUUUCCUUACUAGCCUCAACUCGGAAUAUGAUCAGAUCCGCAUUCAGGUCUUGAGCAAAGGCACAUUCCCUAUGCUUCUCGAGGCUUAUAAUAUGAUUUAUCAUGAGGAUCAUCAUCGUUCUGUCAUGAUGCCCCCUACUGUCCCUACUCGGUCUGCUCUUGUCACUACUCCACACCCCUCUCUAUCUGUGGAUAUUGCUGGUGCUGUCACUAAAACUGUCUUCAUACGUGAGCUAGUUAAAUGUGACUAUUGUGUCCGACCACGUCAUAACAGGGAGACCUAUUGGAAGCUUCAUGGUCUUCCUAAAGGGGGAGGGCAUGGUGGCAAAUCCGGUUCUUCUUGCCCCUAG